UGACAUUGGUUGGUUGGACGUUGAUUCCGUCCAAAGUCCAAUAUAUCUUCCAAUUGAUAUAUUAUUUUCAUUCAUUCAUUUAACCUUCAAACCAAGGAAACUCCGUCAACCUCGGAUUUUUAUAAAACCAAACACCUCUUUUUUUGUUCUUAAUUCUCCUAUAUUCUCGUUUUGUUUUUUUUUCCAACAUUCUUAAUCUCAUUCUAAUUAUAUAACCUUCCUAAAUUCAGCUUUUUCACUACCAUUAAACAUUUAUUUCCAAUCCUAAUUACUUCUCUAAUCAUUCAUUUCUGGACUUCACGUUCAUUCCUUUUCCAACACCAUCACCAACUCCAUUUCGUGAUUAAAUAAAUUAUCAAGGUUCCGAUAAUGCAACAGCGUCGUAUGGUUGAUGAAGUAAUGGCCACAAAGAACAGAAACAAUGAAAUAUCAUUAAAACAUGAACAAGAAUUGUCAGAGAAAGAUGAUUUGUUGGCUGAGUACAGGAGGAAACUUCAAGAAUCGGAGGUCGAAUUGGAGAAGCGAAAAGAAUCCGAAGCAAAUUUGUUUGAUACUUUGGUUAUGCAAACAAAACAGCUAGAGCAUAACACAAUUUUACUUGAAGAAUCAAGGCAUGAAAUUGCUAGUCUUGAAGAAAAAUUGAAGACACUUCAAUUAAGUGCAUAUCAAACCAACGGUUUAGAAGAUAUGAAAGUAACCGAAAAAGGGUUACCGAAAAUUAAGGUACAUGAAACUCAAGAGGGUGUGGAGGAGGGAAAAUUAUACUUGAAGGCGGAAAAUUUAGUUGAAGAAUUGAAUUUGCUUAAAAGUGAAUUGCAAUUAGCAACACAAGCCGAGGAGAAUAGCAAGAAAGCAAUGGAUGAUUUAGCGUUCGCGCUAAAAGAAGUUGCAACCGAAGCUAACCAAGUGAAAGCGAAACUAACCUUAAGCCAAGUUGAACUAGAACACACAAAAACCGAUGCUGAGCGUUGGAGAGUGACGUUACAAAACACAGAAGAGAAGUACAAAGAGCUUCUAGAUGUAACAAGGAAAGAAGCCGACAGGUACAAAAACACCGCGGAACGAUUGAGAUUAGAAGCUGAAGAAUCACUUUUAGCAUGGAAUGGAAAGGAAACUCAGUUUGUGACUUGUAUCAGAAGAGCUGAAGAGGAAAGGUUGCUUGCACAAGAAGAAACAACAAGAUUACUUGAAUUGCUUAAUGAAGCCGAGAGUAAAACAAAAGUUUCGAAAGAAGAAAAUCAGAAACUGCGCGAUAUAUUAAAACAAGCUUUGAAUGAAGCUAAUGUUGCAAAAGAAGCUGCAGAAAUCGCGAAAGCUGAAAACAGUAGAUUACAAGAUAGUCUCAAUUUGCUUGUACAUGAAAAUGAGAUGCUGAAAAUUCAUGAAGCUGCAUCAUUUGAGAAUAUCAAAGAGUUGAAAAAAAUGCUAUCAGAAACAUCGACAAAAGAGUUUCGAAAUGAAGAUUUGGAGAAAUUUUUAACAGCAAAAGAAGGUACAAAAGAAAAACCACAUCAUAAGGAGCAUAGAGAAACAAAAAGUUUAAGCAAAAACUUUAGUCUUAAUUUAAAAGACAUGAUAACAACACAUAAGCAACAACCAAAAAAUGAAGAUGUUAAUAAUAAAGACAUUAUUACAGAAGAUGAUGAUACAUUAAAGGGUUCAAUAUUUGAUGAAGUUGAUGAUUCAUCGGAUGAAUCGCGUCACGAUGCUGACAUGGGAAUACCAGAUGAAUUUGAUAAUAUAGAUGAAUCUCAUUUUGAUAAUUAUGAAGGUGAUACAAACAACAGAAAAAGAAGAGCUUUGUUGAGAAGAUUUGGUGAUCUUAUAAAAAUGAGAAAAAGUACUCCUACUCCUCCUACCAAAAAAGAACUUCCCAAUGAGGAACAUCUACAAACGUAAUGCAAAUUCCACAAGAGAAUGUAAUAAUAAUGUUGUUCAUAUUGUUUUAUUAAUUUUGUGUAUUUGUUUUGAUUAAUGUGUACAUAAUUUCCUAGAUUAUAAGUACACCUGUUUUGAGACCAUCCUCUGUUUUAUUUUUUUGCUUGAAUACAUGUUA